AGUCAAGUCAUUCUCUCUCACACUUCAGAUGGCUGGAGAUGCAAAUGAGUGACAGGAAGUGUUCUUAUCUCUGAAUGAGAUGCUUCACUAGCAAUAGUCCUCUUCAAAGGCUCACAUCUGAGCAGACAGUGCACAACUUCAGCUUACAUAUCCAGUACAUAUGCUGCAUGCUGGGAGUAUGAGUGAUCUCCACCAGGAAGGCAAGAAUGCCAUCAACGCUCCCAUGCUUCCGUCUGGGACUGAUGUCCAUCCUGAGGACACCCUGCUGGAGGAGAACGCAGAGAGGAUCAUGCUGGACCCCACGUCACGGGACAACCCCAAACUUAAAGAUCUACUCAAGGUUCUCAUCGACUGGAUCAACAGUGAACUGGAGGAGGACAGGAUCAUCGUCAAAGACCUGGAGGAGGAUUGCUACGAUGGACAAGUGCUGCAGAAGUUAUUUGAGAAGUUGUCAGGCAAAAAGCUGAACGUGGCCGAGGUGACUCAGUCUGAGAUUGGCCAGAAGCAGAAGCUCCAGACGGUUCUGGAGGCGGUCAACCUGCUCCUGAGACCCCACGGCUGGUCUGUGGAGUGGAGCGUGGACUCGAUCCACUCCAAGAACCUGGUGGCCAUCGUCUACCUGCUGGUGGCUCUGGCCAUGCACUUCCAGGCCGCCAUCAGGCUGCCGGAGCACGUCUCCGUCAAGGUGGUGGUGGUCAAGAAGCGUGAGGGCGUCCUGCAGAGCGCUCUGGUCCACAAGGAAGUGACCAGCACCACCGAGAUGAUGAUGGGGAGGUUUGAAAGAGAUGCUUUCGACACGCUGCUGGAUCACGCGCCUGACAAGCUCAACGUGGUGAAAACGUCCCUCAUCACCUUUGUCAACAAGCACCUGAACAAGUUGAACCUGGAGGUGACUGAGCUGGAAUCUCAGUUUGCAGACGGAGUUUACCUCAUCUUGUUGAUGGGGCUGCUGGAGGACUACUUUGUGCCUCUCUACAACUUCUUCCUCACCCCAGAAAGCUUCGACCAGAAGGUGCACAAUGUGGCGUUUGCUUUUGAGUUGAUGCAGGACGGCGGGCUGAAAAAACCCAAAGCCAGACCAGAAGAUGUGGUCAACCUGAACCUGAAGUCCACCCUUAGAGUCCUCUACAACCUUUUCACCAACUACAAGAACUCUGACUGACACCGUCUGUAAGAAGUGACAAACAGCGGCGUGGGCGUCCAAACCAGACUCUUAAACUAAUGUUAUGUACAAGUUGAAGAUAAAUUAAUGUUAUGUACAAGUUGAAGAUAAACUAAUGUUAUGUACAAGUUGAAGAUAAAUUAAUGUUAUGUACAAGUUGAAGAUAAACUAAUGUCAUGUACAAGUUGAAGAUAAAUUAAUGUUAUGUACAAGUUGAAGAUAAACUAAUGUUAUGUACAAGUUGAAGAUAAAUUAAUGUUAUGUACAAGUUGAAGAUAAACUAAUGUUAUGUACAAACAAGUUGAAGAUAAACUAAUGUUAUGUACAAGUUGAAGAUAAACUAAUGUUAUGUACAAGUUGAAGAUAAACUAAUGUUAUGUACAAGUUGAAGAUAAACUAAUGUCAUGUACAAGUUGAAGAUAAACUAAUGUUAUGUACAAGUUGAAGAUAAACUAAUGUCAUGUACAAGUUGAAGAUAAACUAAUGUUAUGUACAAGUUGAAGAGAGUCGCGGCCUUGCAACCACGCUGCUAUUUCAUCUUCCCUUAAACCUGCUUUUAUUUAUUCUUUUCACGCAAGUUUAGUGUGGCUUAGCCUGUCUCCGUGUGGCGCAGUGCAGCCUUCAAAAGCACCACAUGAAUAUUCAAUCUAAAAUGUUCUAAUGUCUUUUGUAUGAAUAUUAAAUGAUGGUUCCGA